UCCUCCUCCUCUGCUCCCCCUCCCCUCCCUCUCAUCGCCCCCGGGUUCAGGUUCCAUCCUACGGAUGAAGAACUUCUCCUAUACUACCUCAGGAACAAAAUCACCCGCCGUCCAUUCCCCUUCGACGUAAUCGCAGAGCUCAACAUCUACAGCUUCGAGCCAUGGGACCUCCCGAGCUUCUCUCGUCUACGAACAAGGGACAUCGAGUGGUACUUCUUCACUCCGCUGGACCGAAAACAGUGCAGUACGCUAACGAGGACCAACAGAGCCUCUCCGCGUGGAUUUUGGAAGAUAACGGGGAGAGAUAAGGAGAUUCGGAGGAGUGGAAACGGUGGGGGGUUCGUCAUUGGUUUCAAGAAGACGCUGGUGUUCCAUCUGGGCCGGACUAGCUCGAAGGAGCAGACGAGGACGGACUGGGUCAUGCACGAGUAUAAGUUGGCCCAUGAGGAGCUCGCGCGAAUCGGAGUGAAUUGGGAUGGAUUUGUUGUGUGCCGAGUUUUUCAGAAAAGCGGCCUCGGCGCCAAGAACGGGGAGCAGUAUGGAGCUCCGUAUGUGGAAGAGGAGUGGGAGGAGGCUGAGGAGUUGGCGGUGGUGAGAACGGAGGAGGAAGGCGGAGGAGACGGACGAAAUGUGGAGUUUGAAUUUGAUGUGAAUUGGGACUGGGAUACUUUCUUGCAGACGGAAGAUAUAGAUAAUGACAAGGUGUUCGGGUACCUUUUCCUCGACAUGCCCGAUAUCUUCAAUCCCCCAAGAAAUACUAGCAUUGAAGCUCCUCCUGCAGAUAAUACUGCUGCUGCUCCAAUGGAAUCUCAGCCUGCACCUCUCAUUAACCAGCAAACAGGCCCAUUUGUGCAAUUUAUGGAUGUUGAAAGUACUGGAGUUGUAAAUUUCCCCCACGCAGAAAUUAUCAAUGAUCAGGUGCCUGUUAUCCAAAUGCCUGCUGUUGUUGAUGACGGAAGAAACUGCUGUCUUGAGCCACCUGAUGGUGAGUUCUUUGAUGUGAUUGAUUUUGAAUACGAUACCUUGAAUACCUUUGAUUAA